AUGCGCUCCACAUUCCUUCUGCUGCCAUUUCUUCCCGCAGCUCUUGCGGCUCGACCUUUCCUCAAUGAGGCGGACACUGGCAUCGAAGAUGUCCUCGGUGACACCCCGGCCGGCACCCUUCCGGACCUAGAACAGAUCAUCGGCCUUCCUGAUUUCGAAUGGGCAGCCAGGCGCUACAUGAACGCUUCGUCAUACACAUACUAUCGCAAUGGUGCAGCUGGCGAAUGGUCCUACAGAAACAACUUGGAAGCCUAUGGGCGGUUCCGCUUCAAGCCACGCAUGAUGGUCGAUGUCACCAACAUCGAAUCCACCCUGCCGACAACGAUCUUGGGUCACAACUUCUCUGCCCCCUUCUACAUUAGCCCUUGUGCUCGCGGAGGCCUUGCUCAUCCUGAGGCCGAGAAGAAUUUCGUAAAAGCCGCGUAUGAAGAGGAUAUUUUGUAUAUCCCGUCGCUCUAUGCAUCUCUCUCCGUCGAUGAGAUCGCCUCUGCGAAGCCCUCUAAUGGCUCCCAGGUUAUCUUCCAGCAGGUGUAUCUCACGAAUAAUAACACCGAGACGAAACAGCUCUUCAAGCAUGUGGAGCAACUGGGUAGCAAGGCGAUCGUGUUCACGGUCGACUCGGCAGCAGACGGAAACCGUCAUCGCGCCGCGCGCUAUGGUGUCGGGUCAGCCGACAGCGACUACUCCUACAUCACCUGGGACUAUUACAAGAAGCUUCAGAAUAUGACCUCGCUGCCUGUCGUCCUGAAGGGUAUUCAGACCGUCGAGGAUGUUAAGCUGGCCGUUGCACACGGCGCCCCGGCUGUUAUUCUUUCCAACCACGGUGGACGUCAGCUGGACAGUAGCCCAUCCCCUCUUGAAAUCGCUCUUGAAAUUCACCAGGAGGCUCCCGAGCUCUUUGAACAGAUCGAAAUCUAUGCAGAUGGGGGUGUUCGCUACGGGGCGGACGUUCUGAAACUGCUUGCCCUUGGUGUCCGGGCUGUCGGCCUCGGUCGCCCCUUCAUGUUUGCUAACACUUAUGGUGUUGAGGGAGUCAAGCACGCGAUUCAACUUCUCAAGCAUGAGAUCGCCAUUGAUGCUGGUAAUCUUGGCGUGGGUGAUUUGAAGAAGAUUGAUGCUUCCUAUGUCAAAUGGACAAAUAAUGGCUGGUAUAGCUAA